AUGCAGAACCUCAUCCACACCAUCAUCGACCCGCUGAGGGACCGCUUCGCUCCUCUCAACCACAACUCCAACUUCCGCGCCACCGGCCAGAUCAGCCCAGAGGAGUUCCAAGCUGCCGGCGACUUUCUCGUCUACAAGUUUCCAAGCUGGAGCUGGGCCGACGCCGCGACCCCGAGUCAGCGAGUCCCGUACUUCCCCCCCGGCAAGCAGUACCUCGUGACGCGCGGUGUGCCAUGCCGCAAGCGCAUCAAGGCUGAGGACUUUGCUGGUUCUGCCGAUGGCGAGGACCAGCUUGUCCGCGACAUGCUCAAAGAGACGGGUGCCGAGGUUGGUGGUGAAGAUGACGGUUGGCUCAAAGCUGGUGGCAGCCGUGGUGACGAGGACAGCAAGCUUCUGAAGGACGUUAGAACCGUUGAUGAGGAUGGCAAGGUUGGAGACAAGGAUGAAGAAGAGGAGGAGAUCCCAGACAUGGAAGAUGAGGAAGAUGAUGAGGAGGCCAUCAUUCGCGACACCUCUGCCAUCAAGAAGGCUGGCGAGGAUGGACUUCGCACCUACACGCUGUACAUCACCUACACUCCAUACUACCGCACACCUCGCCUCUACCUCCUCGGCUACGAUGCCGCCUCGAACCAGCCACUUGCCCCGAUGAGCAUGAUGGAGGACAUCAUCGGUGACUACAAGGACAAGACGGUCACGCUUGAGGAUUUCUACUUCAACAACCCACCGAUCAAGACUGCCUCGGUCCACCCAUGCAAGCACGCCAGCGUCAUGAAGGUGCUGCUCGACCGCGCCGAUGCCGCUCUGAAGCUGCGCACUGAGAAGAUGAAGCACGGAGAGACUCCGUCGAACGCCGGUAUGGAGGGUCUCGUCGAUCAGACCUCAACCCUCGACAUCAAGGACAAAGACAAAUCGUCCCCAUCGAAGGGCAAGGACAAGGAGGGUGAUGCUGAUUGGGAGGUGCUGUCAGAUGCGGAAGCUCCAGCGAUUCGCGUUGAUCAGUACCUGGUUGUGUUUCUGAAGUUCAUGGCUUCGGUCACGCCCGGUAUCGAGCACGACUUCACCAUGGGUGUUUGA